AUGUCUGUGAAGACUCUACCCUUACUCAUUGUUAAUCUGGGAGGAGAAAUGCUGUAUAUUCUGGACCAGAGACUCCGGGAAAAUAAAUUACAGAAAGGUUGGUCUGAAGAUGACAGGAAAAGAGUUCUAAAAGAUAUAGUCAGGAUGAUGUUCAGUAAGGCGUUUAUGGACGAGCUGAUGGAGCCACAGGACCUGUACUCACAUCGAGCUGUGAGAUGUGUACUCACCCGCCUGGCUCACACCUCCAUCAUGAGACUCGACUCCGCCAGCAUGGACCGGCUGUACGACUUGAUGACAAUGGCGUUUAAGUAUCAGAUCUUUCAAUGCCCACGGCCAAGAGACUUACUGCUUAUCUCCUUAAACCACAUAGACGGGGUCCGGGAUCUUGUUAAAGAUAAUCCAUGCCUUGUUCACCAGAUCGACGAGGCACAGCGUGUAAUCAUUGAGAUGUACACGCCGUUAUCAGACGGUGAGUUCCAGCUCAUACGCCAAACGCUCCUCGCUUUUUUUCAGGACCUGCAUAUCAGGGUUUCACUUUUCCUGACAACGAAAGUCCAGAACCCAAAUGGACGUUUUGUAUUGCCAACAUCUGGACCAGUACCUCUGGGCACCUCCGUCCCCGCAUUAAUCAGGUAUUUUAACAGCCGAGGCAGAGAAAUCAGGAGGGGUGAGUUUACUAGUGGAGGCUUUUACACCAGUUCUGUGAUGAAGGCUUCGUUUGACAUGACAGGAGUCAGAGCAACACAUCUGGGCACCAACAUGUACAACGUUUUCUUACCUGAGGACACACGCACCUCAGAAACCACCAAGAACGCCUUAAAAAGCAAACAGGUUAGUGAGGAUCCCAACCCUCUGGCGAAAGAGGAGCUGAACCUUCUGGCAAAGCUAAUGGGAGGGAUGGAGAUGUGGAACUGUGACAGUGAUGAUGUGGGCUUUAAAAUGAACCUGUUUCCCACAGACCUGGAGCAACAAGAGGAUGGAAUCUCAGCAGCAGCAGCAGCAGCAGCAGACGGGUCAUUCAGUGUCAUAAGCAUUCAGGCUGCAAAGGAUCGUGAGGUGGACACAGAGCUGACUCGUAUAGCAGCUGAGUUUACAUCUCAGGAGGAGGCGGAGAGACCCAGCGACAAGGGAAACGACCUGCUGGCCAUGAUGGAUGAACUCUAAACCAAAACACAGCAGAAAGAAAAAACACACACAUCCAGAUGUCUUACGUUUUGCAGUAAAUAUUCAGGAAAACAAAUAUUAAAAGGGUGCAUA